GUAAGCAGAACGUGUUUAGCGGGAGGACUAACGCAAUUCAUUUUAAACUAAGUAUACUCCCUUAUUCUCCCUCUGAAACAACUGACAGCAAUGGAGGAAGUUGAUGAAUUUUUAUCCUCAAAGUUAGGCACAAAGGAACACUGGGAAUCUACGUAUGAACUAGAACUGUCAAACUUUACAAGCCAUGGAGAUAUUGGAGACGUUUGGUUUGGCGAAGACAGCAUGCAGCGUGUGGUGAACUGGAUUCUGGAAUCUGAUGUUGUGAAGGAGAAUUCCUCCAUUCUUGAUAUUGGAUGUGGGAAUGGUGCUUUCCUGCUGUGUCUUGCCAGUGAAGGCUUUGAUAAUCUGUUUGGGAUUGAUUAUUGUGGUACUGCUAUAAAGCUAGCAGAAGCCAUAGCAAAUAGCAAGAAACUAGACAUUAAAUAUGAGACCGUAGAUUUGCUGGCAGAACACAAGAAAAGUGAAUUAGCUGGAAGGAAGUAUGACAUCACCCAUGAUAAGGGUACAUAUGAUACCAUUUCCUUAAGCCCAGAAGAUGCUGAGACCAAGAGACAGCAGUACAUAAAGGAGGUUUACAAUCUAACCAAAGACCAAGGUUUAUUCAUUAUUACCUCUUGCAACUGGACUGAAGAAGAGCUUAUUUCUCAUGUAUCAGAUUAUUUCAGUGUGGAUGAAGUGAUCCCAACACCUACGUUUUCAUUUGGUGGAAAGGUUGGAUCUGUUGUUACUUCUAUUAUUUUCAAGAAGGUUGUCAGUUAAAGUUCAUUCCAUUCAUGUUAUAGGCACAUCAGUAAAGUCAGAUUUUUGCUUUAUAUGAGUGAGCAUGCAUUUAGGGACAUUUAACAGAAGGCAGAUGGAGGUAGGUAGUUUCAUAUCAUUGGGAAGAUAUUAGAUUCUGUUGGGCUCGAAUAUGAUUGAUAUUUUUCAUUCCAUG